AUUGGCUGACUUCUAUUUAUUCUAUUCAAUCCUCCCCUCCCCUCUUCAUUUCCCUUCAAGAAAACUCUUUCAAGGAAAAUGGCUCUUCUUGGGUUUCUUUUAGUGGGGUUUCUCUCCUCUGUCUCUUCUGUUCAUGGAUAUUAUGGAGGUUGGAUUAACGCUCACGCCACUUUCUAUGGAGGUGGCGAUGCUUCAGGGACAAUGGGUGGGGCUUGUGGCUAUGGAAAUCUGUACAGCCAGGGUUAUGGCACUAACACAGCAGCACUGAGCACUGCAUUGUUCGACAAUGGUUUGAGCUGUGGUGCUUGCUUUGAGAUCAGAUGUGUAAAUGAUCCACAGUGGUGCCUGCCUGGCGUAAUUGUGGUCACCGCUACCAACUUCUGCCCUCCCGGCGGCUGGUGUGAUCCUCCCAACCAUCAUUUUGAUCUCUCUCAACCUGUCUUCCAACACAUUGCCCAAUAUAGAGCCGGAAUUGUCCCAGUAAUCUACAGAAGGGUAAGAUGCAUGAGGAGCGGAGGCAUUCGGUUCACCAUCAAUGGCCACUCAUACUUCAAUUUAGUCCUGAUUACCAAUGUUGGGGCUGCUGGCGAUGUGCAUUCAGUGGCCAUCAAAGGUUCGAGAACUGGGUGGCAAGCAAUGUCGAGAAACUGGGGCCAAAACUGGCAGAGUAACUCUUACCUUAAUGGACAGAGUCUCUCUUUUGUAGUGACGACAAGCGAUGGCCGCAGUGUGGUUUCUUACAAUGUCGCCCCUGCUGGUUGGUCCUUUGGGCAGACGUACAGUGGAGGGCAGUUUAGGUACUAGCAACGAUUGCCUGUCUUGGAAAAAGGCAUGCAGAAUAUGCAGUAUUAUCAAGCAACACGCCGGCGGCAACAUUAUUGAAGACGUAGUACAUACUGUGUUUGUUGCAAGACAGAAAAUAUAUGGUCAACAAUGGGUCCAUGUCUCUUAUGAAAUGGCCCUAAUUCCCACUUUCCUAUCCCAUGAGCCAAGGCUUCAUUUUUACUGCAGGAGUGUGUGCAUGAAUAUAUACGUCCAAAGGCAGCUGCUCGAUGACUGCUAGGACAUUUCAAAUUACAAGUACAAGUAAAUUUUAAAAUGCUUGUGGUAAGAAAAAGGUCAUUGUUGGAAGCUCUUAGUUCACUGUGCCCUUGUUUGUAUUUGAUCUGCAAAAUAAAUGUACCUUUUGAUAUGGUUAAUUUUAAUGAAAGUGAGAUCUCAACCCUUUCUUUU